CAAGAUAUCAUGGCACUCCCACCAACCACAGCGGCAAAUUUCAACAAGACCGCAGAGAUCAUGAAGACCUCUCACCUGGCCUCUGCUCUGUUGCUCUUCAUCACCUUCCUGGUGGGUGUGGCGGGGAAUGGGCUGUACGUGUGGGUGCUGGGGAUGAAGAUGAGGAGGACGGUGACCACACUCUGGUUCCUUCACCUGGUCUCCUGCUACCUUCUCUUCACCCUGCUGAUCCCCUUCUUCGCCAUCUAUGUCCUCCUGGAUUUCAACUGGGUCUUUGGCAUGGCCAUGUGCAAGCUUCUCAAUGCCUGCAUUUCCAUGGGCAUGUUCUCCUCUGUUUUCCUUCUCACACUCAUCAGUCUGGACCGCUACACCCUCAUUCACCAUCCCAUUUGGUCCCGGAAUCACCGCACCGUGCCCCGGGCUUGGAAGCUGAUUGUGGGUGUGUGGCUGGCCUCCUUCGGUCUCAGUGCUCCCUACCUGGCUUUCCGGGAGACCCAUGUGUUUGACGGGGGCAGAAUCAUCUGCAUCAACAAUUACGCCCUCUCCACAGACUGGAACGGAGCCGAGCCGCAGGACCUGGGCAGACAGGUCCACCUGGCCGUCUUCAUGGUCCGGUUCCUGCUGGGCUUCCUGCUGCCUUUCUGCACCAUCGUGGGAUGCUAUAUCCGUGUGGGCCUGAAGAUGAAGGAUAAGAAGCUGGCAUGGGCUGGGAAGCCCUUCAAGGUCAUGGUGGCCGCGGUGGUUUCCUUCUUCCUUGGCUGGCUCCCCUACCACCUCUACCAUGGCUUGAAGCUCUACAAGAAGGAGGUGCCAGAGUCGGUGACAGGUGUCCUCUUGGUCAUUCACACCUUGACAUCCUGCUUCAAUGCCUCCUUCUCCCCCAUCCUUUACCUCUUCGUAGGGGAGAAGUUCUGGCAGGUCUUCAGGACGUCUCUUCUCACUCUGGUCAAAGCAGCUUUUGUCGAUGAUCUCGGAAGCAGUGGCUCCGAGUCUAGUGGAAGACACGGGUCAGAAGUUGAGAACAUAAGAAAAGAGAUGGUCUAAAGGUGCCCAGACUUAGGGAGAGUUGAAAACUUGGCAUCCCCGUUGUUCCUAAAUUUCUGCUGUUUCCUAAACCUGAUGGGUUCGAUGUAUCUCAAUGUUUAUAAACCCCUCAGUGUCCCUGGGUUCUAGAUUCCCUGCUGUCCCUCUCUCAAUUUUUUCAAACUCAGUGGGUCAUCAGUGGCACCAGAUUGCUAGCCAGCUCCAGAACCCUGCUUGUUUUAAGUCUCUCAAUGUGUUCUAACCUAACUGACUCUUGGAUUGUGCAUCUCUA